UUCCAACGCUUAAAUAUCUCUCUCUCUCCAAAUUUAUAAACCCUUUUCUUUCUCUCUCUCUCUCUCUCUCACACACACAAAAGCUUUGAGGCUUUCGAAAAUGCAGAGCGCGUCGUUCACACUCGCGUCUCCUGCGCCAUCGCUCUCUCUCCUAAAGCCACGGAGGCAGCCUCCGAGCUUGAGCUUCAACCCUAGAUUCGAUCCCAUUCGCGCUUCUUCUUCGUCUUCGAACCUCAACAACGAUUCUUUCAAUGUGAAUCUCUCUACUCGCCGAUCCUGGUCUCUCUCUUCUUCCUCGUCUUCGUCGCCGAUCAAACUUAGGCCUUGGAAUGCGCCGCCGCCGAGUUAUUCCGAUGCGGAAACGAACCGUUUCGAGGUUAAGGCGACUUCGGUGCCCGAAGCCGCCGGGGAGAAACCCGAAUCGAGUAGCUUGUUCAAGACCUUGGAGCUCGGUGCCUUGUUUGGCCUCUGGUACCUCUUCAAUAUCUACUUCAACAUCUACAACAAGCAGGUUUUGAAGGUGUACCCAUACCCAGUAACUGUCACUGCGAUUCAGUUUGCUGUUGGGACAGUAAUUGUUUUUUUAAUGUGGGGUCUUAAUCUCUACAAAAAGCCAAAAGUUAGCGGUUCACAGCUUGCAGUAAUAUUGCCACUGGCAGUAGUGCAUACUUUAGGGAAUGUUUUCACGAAUAUGAGUCUUGGAAAAGUUGCAGUGUCAUUCACUCACACGAUCAAGGCUAUGGAGCCCUUCUUCUCUGUUGUCCUAUCUGCUAUGUUUUUGGGGGAGUUGCCCACUUUUUGGGUGGUUGCUUCCCUUGUACCUAUUGCCGGAGGAGUGGCACUUGCAUCAGUCACCGAGGCCUCUUUCAACUGGGCUGGAUUCUGGAGUGCUAUGGCGUCCAAUUUGUCAAACCAAUCUCGUAAUGUCCUUAGCAAAAAGGUCAUGGUUAAAUCAGAGGAAUCUUUGGACAACAUCACUCUCUUCUCCAUAAUAACAGUUAUGUCCUUUAUCUUGUUAGCCCCUGUGGCUCUCUUCAUGGAAGGUGUCAAGUUUACUCCUACAUUCCUGCAAUCAGCUGGGUUAAAUGUUAAUCAAGUAUACACCAGGUCUUUUCUAGCUGCACUCUGCUUCCAUGCAUAUCAGCAGGUUUCCUACAUGAUAUUGCAGAGGGUAUCUCCCGUUACCCACUCUGUAGGCAAUUGUGUGAAGCGGGUGGUGGUCAUUGUUAGCUCUGUCCUCUUCUUCAAAACUCCUGUCUCGCCAAUCAACACUCUUGGCACUGGAGUUGCUCUUUCUGGAGUCUUCUUGUAUUCACAGGUGAAGCGCCUUAAGCCAAAGAAAGCUUGAAAUUUUGUGGAGAAAUUUUUGCUGUUAAUUUGAUUUUUUAGAUCUAAAGUUACACAUUCAAGAAUUUGGUUUUAGGUCAGGUUGGUGACUGAAUUAGAAAUUUGGUUUUCCUUUUAUGCUAUUUAACUUAUUUGGCUAUUCUUUUGUGGACCAAGAGUAAAUGAUGCUGUUCCCCGAACCAUCCUUCUAUCACCUUUGUACUCUUGGUUGGGUUUAUAAUUGGAAUUUAGAAUGUAAUUCCUUGUGCUA